UUAGAAGGAUGGCAAAAGUUAUAUAAUAAUAUUCAUAACGUUUUAUAGUAAAGAGAACGUGCUACGUCGAAAUACGAUAGACAAACAUUAAAAGAGUUAUCGUUUGAAGUGAUACACGAGCUGACCCGAGAAUCCAAAGAAAAAUGGAAAAAGAAAAUCAGCGACUUAACAGACUUUUCAAACUUAGAAGUAAUAAUUUACAACUUGGUUAAAUGUAACAAUAGCAUGAAAGAAUUCUUUCAGCAUGCAGAACUGAAAGAACAAAAUGAUGAAACGAGGACACAGGAAAACAAAUAUUUUAGAAUCUCAACAGUCAAAGAAACAGAAUUAAAUUAUGAACAAGACAAGAAAGAAAACGAGGAACUAGGAAACUCGAUGCUUGGAUUUUGUACUAUUUGUCUUGGAAAUAUAAAUCCUUAUCUUAGUCAAAAUGUUCCUUGUUCUAAUGGACAUACUUUGUGCCAACGUUGUAUUCAACAUUUUGCAAUUCAAUCAGAUCCAGGCUGCAUUCUUUGUCACACACAAUAUCAACAAUUAAAUGUAAAUUCAUCGCGAGAAAGCAAUAUUAGUUUGAAUUCUACAUACACGCACGUGAAGAGAACGCAAAUCUCGCAACAGCAAUCAGAUUAUUACUCAAAACAUGAUCAAAAAUUGCAACAAUGCGAUCCUAUUAACAUUGAACAGCCGUAUUUCAAAUCUUGGAAUCAGAAUUACUCUCCUAUGGUACAAAAUAUCGAGGAAAACAGAUUAGCAUAUCAUAACAAUAAUUUCGAAGAGAUUUCUGACUACAAACAAGUUAGAGACCAAAAUAAUAUGAUUGAAGAACGACACAAAAAUUGCGACAGAGAAAAGCAGCGACAAAGUUAUUGCAAUUUAUUUAAAAAGAGGAAUGCAGAGUUGUACGUAUCCGAAACAAAAAUUAAUGGACAAAUUACUGCAGAAUGUUCUCGUAGACCGAUCCGUUGUCCACGAAUUGACUGCGCCAUAAACGUAGCUUUCUCAGCGUUAACGCAUCAUUUCAUCUUUGAUCAUCCGGAGGUGCCUAUUCUGAAUAUAGAGCCCGGUAUCAAAAGUACACUUAUUGUCAGUUUCAAUGCUUUAUCUUCCAAUUCUAGUCGAUGUCUAGCUCUCCUUCUUGUUUCUGGUAAACUCUCAAAACCUGCUGCGAGGUUGUUUAAUGGCAGUCAAAUCAACCCAAAAUAUCGAAAUCGUUUACCAUUACCAGUACUAGCCGCCCGGCUACAGUGUACAGAUCAAUAUAUAUCUAACGAGAAAAUUAAUAAAACGAAAAAUUUUCAUAAGAAAGAUAUAAUAAUCGCUUGGGUUGCCGGACUGGAUAUUGGAAACACAACAAACAAACUUUUAUGCAGUAUUCAGGCUGUGGACAAGAUUGAUAAUGAAGGUUUACGUUGCCUAACAUACACAGGUCCAGUGAACUCAUUAAGAACAGCUCAAUGUCCUCAAGACAUUUAUUCAACAGGUGAUUGUAUAGUUCUGCACGAAGGUCUCCUUAGUCACAUUACAUCAGAUUGUGCUACACUCAAUGUUAAUGUUACUGUACAU